AUGUCGAACCAACCUUAUCUUGGGCCAGGCCAUAAAAUGUGCAAACUAAUUUGGCGAGAAUUUCGCCAAGAUCCUGACUUCCGGAAUCCGUCAGAAGAAACAUGCUCCGCUUAUCAUAGAAAAUGGAACUCAGCUGCUUGUGGUGCUUGGCGAUUCAGUGAGCAUUUUCCUGGCUGUUCAAGCGCGAUUUCGACCAACUAUGGACUCGUACUCUUUCUGGUUUUUCUGUUGUUCUUCAUGAGAUAG